AUGGGAGAGAAUAGUGAGGCAGCUCUUGAGGGGACGAAGCCUAAGAAAAGAUUACUCCUCAAUGCAUUCGACAUGAACGGCAUUGGACAUAUCAGCCCUGGUCAGUGGCGGAAUCCCAUAGACCAGUCUAAGAACAAGAAUCGUCUUGACUAUUGGAUCAACCUUGCGAAGCUUCUCGAUCGCGGCAAGUUCAACGCCCUCUUCCUCGCAGACAACUUCGGUUCUCACGACACAUACACGGGAAGUCACGCCCCAGCCAUCAGAGCCGGCACUCAAUGGCCAAUGUAUGAUCCCUUUGUGAUCAUAUCUGCCAUGGCCGCUGUUACGAAGAGUGUUGCCUUUGGUGUCACUUCGUGUACUACGUUUGAACCACCCUUUUUGCUGGCCAAACGAUUUUCAACUUUGGAUCAUGUCACGAAUGGAAGAAUUGCAUGGAACAUUGUCACGUCCUGGUCGGACAAUGCUGCACGGGCAGUUGGACUGGAGCGCCUCCCCGAACACGACAAGCGGUAUGACAUGGCAGAUGAGUAUCUCAAUCUGAUGUACAAACUCUGGGAAGGAUCAUGGGCCGAUGACGCAGUGGUGCAAGACGUAGCGAACGCAACUUACACGAUACCCGAAAAGGUCCGCAAGAUUGAGCACAAAGGCGAGUUUUUCAAAUGUGUCAGCGCCCACCUGGUUGACCCGUCACCUCAACGCACACCAGUCCUCUUCCAAGCCGGCAUGUCUCCAGCAGGUGCGUCCUUUGGCGCCAAACAUGCCGAAUGCAUUUUCAUUGGUGGCCGCUCUCCCGAGUUCGUGGGCAAGAAGAUUGCCGAGACACGCAAGUUGAUUGCCUCCCAUGGCUGGGACCUGAGCGAGGUCAAGUUCUUCGUUCAAUUCACACCCAUUAUCGGGCGCACGGACGAAGAGGCACAAACCAAACUCGCAGAUUUCUACAAAUACGCCAUCCCGGAAGGCGGCCUUGCCCUGUUCUGCGGCAUCUCUGGCAUUGACGUGAGUCGAUUCCCAUUCGAUGAAGAGUUUCCCCUGGAUGUGAAACACCCUCUGUACGAAGGCUUAAGUCCCCGACACGUUGAAGCACUGAUCACCAAACCGCAAGGCUACGAGCGCUGGACGCCACGAGAUCUGGGAAAUUUCCAAGCCAUUGGUGGCAGUGGCCCGUAUGUGGCGGGCAGUCCACAAACGAUAGCUGAUGAGAUUGAGCGAUGGAUCCAUGGUGCAGACAUUGACGGGCUGAACAUUGGCCAUGUUGUUGUACCCGGUGCGUGGGAGGACGUCGUGGAUUUACUAGUGCCGGAACUCGACAGGCGCGGGUGGUUGAAAGAUUAUCCCGCGCCCGGGGGCACAGCGAGAGAGAAUUUGUACGAUACUCCAGGCUCUGCGAAGCUUCGGCCAACACAUCCCGGAGCGAAGUUCAAGUUCGAGCGGUAUGGUGAGACGUGGGAAUAG